AUGGCGACUUUGACCAACAACGGAACACUCAACGAAAAGUCGUCAAAUGGAAAAUCUACGCCACAAGAUUCCUUUUUUGAGGAUGUCCAUUUUCUAGGUGACAAGGAGGGUCGCGUCGUUAUUCGAUCACCCCCGAAGUUCGAGGAUAAGAAGGCAGAAUGCACAUACCAGAAGCAACAUCUGGCCGUCGCAUUCCGGGUCUUUGCAAAGCAAGGCUUUGACGAGGGUGUGGCAGGACAUAUAUCUCUGAGAGAUCCAAUCAAUCCUGAACACUUCUGGAUCAACCCACUUAGCAUGCACUUCUCCAUGAUCAGCGUGUCAGAUCUAGUCCUCGUAAACGAAUCCGGCGAAGUUCUCCCAGGAGGAGCCCAACACCCAAUCAACGGGCCCGCCUUCGCAAUCCACAGCGAAAUCCACAAAGCCAGACCAGAUCUCAACGCAGCUUGCCACGCUCACUCCAUCUACGGAAAGGCCUUCUCCUGCUACGGCCGACCAAUCGAGAUGCUAUACCAGGACGCACUACGCUUUUACAACGAUCUCGCCGUGUACAACCAUUACGGUGGGACGGUGGUGUCCACAGAAGAAGGGGCCCGUAUCGCCAAGGCGCUUGGUCCCACGUGCCGAAGCGUGAUUUUGCAGAAUCAUGGGAUGAUCACCUGUGGGCGGACAGUGGACGAAGCGGCAUUCUUGUUCAUCGCACUGGACCGGUGCUGUCACUCACAGCUGCUUGCUAAUGCGGCUACGGGUCCAGGGUGGGAGAAGAUUUAUAUUAAUGAGGCCGAAGCGGAGAUGACACAUAAGAAGAGUGGGAAUUCGAGUAAGAUGUGGUUGGCUUUUCAGCCGUACUAUGAUCAGGUUGUGAAAGAGGAUCCGUCGGUUUUGGAGUAG